AUGGCUGAAGAGAAGCCGUCCGUCCUCAUUAUUGGAGGCUUGGGCUAUAUCGGCCGCUUCCUCGCCCAACAUAUCCACCAGAACAACCUUGCGUCCGAGAUGCGACUCGUUGACAAGGUGCUGCCCCAGCUUGCCUGGCUGGCUCCUGAAUUCUCCGAGGCUUGCUCCCAGAGCAACUUUAUGCAAGCCGAUGCCAGCAAACCAGAGGCUCUAGUUAAAGUAUUUGACCGACCCGACGGCAAACAGUGGGACUAUGUCUUCAACUGCGGUGGCGAGACGAGAUAUUCUCAGGAAGAUGAAAUUUACAAGCUGAGAUCUUUGGAGCUUUCCAUUGCUGUCGGAAAGGAGGCCGCCAAAAGAAAAGUAAAGGCCUUUAUUGAGCUGAGCACAGGCAUGGUGUACAAGCCCGACUCAUCACCGAGCAAAGAGGGAGAUAAACUGAAGCCGUGGAGCAAAAUUGCCGUUUUCAAACUGCAGGCAGAGGAGGAGCUCGCCAAGAUUGAAGGGCUUAAUCUUGCGAUUGUCCGCCUAGCUCAUGUAUACGGUCCGUAUGCGUCUCAGUGGGUUGCAACGGGCCUGUGCAUGGCUCGCGUUUACCAGCAUAUCGAAGGAGAAAUGAAGUGGCUGUGGACCAAGGACCUGCGGACUAACACGGCGCACAUCCACGAUGUAACACGAGCCCUUUGGGACAUUGCCGUUUGGUACGACGCUGGCAAAGCCAACUGGAAAGAGGCCGAGAUGGGCAAAGUGCCGACUUUCAAUGUGGUGGACAAGGGCACCACCACACAGGGAACCAUGGCUGAAAUCAUUGGCGAGAUUUUCAAGAUCGAAACGGGAUUUCAGGGAACGCUGAUUAGUAGUUUCGCGAAACUGAACCUGGAAAGCGUGGUGGAUGAUGUCAAUGACGAGGUCCUCGGCCCUUGGGCUGAUCUAUUGGCCGAUGCUGGCAUUACACGACCCGGCCCUCUGACACCCUUUAUGGAGAAGGAGCUUCUCAAAGACACAGACCUCAGCAUGGACGGUAGCCGACUGGAAACUGUUUUGGGCUUCAAGUACGAGAAACCCGCUGUCACAAAGGAGCUGAUUGAGGAAGUCAUCGAGAGCUACAAGAGGAUGAAGUGGUGGCCAUGA